AUGUCUAACAAGUCCGUGACCGGGUUCGUGGACAUACCUACCGCUCUCGCUUCUUCGGGUGUAGUAAGUGUAGUAAUCGGUGUGGUCGUCGACGUCUUUGGGGAUGUGUUCCAGUCAAGUCGAUCCAGUUGUAUCACGUUCACCAUCAAAGAUUCGAAUUUUGGAAAUGGGCACGUAUGGGAUGGCUUGAAGGUCAAAUAUUUCAAGGAGAACGCGAAUCUCCUUCCUCCUGUUCAAGUACACGAUGUGAUCCUCUUGCGCAAUAUCUCGAUCAGACGCUUUAAUGGAAGACCUCUGGGCGUUGCGCCGGACGGAAUCAAUAUUCCAUGGGCUAUCUUCCGACCAGACUCGAACGCCUCGGUAUCUAGCCUCUCUCCCAUCUCUGGUCCCAUACCUUUUGAACCAUCUCGUUCGGAAAGUACCUAUGCGUUGUCCCUUAUAGAGAAGAGCUCCGGCUUCAGAACCUUUCGCAAAGCUUCAUCACAGCGAGCCGCUCCCACAAGUACGCGUUCCGUCCCGUCACUAGGCCCUACGUCCAGAUCCACCGGCAAUCAAAAGUUUGCUCUCAUCCAGAAUGUCGAAGAACGAACAUUCGUGGACCUCAUUGGCGAAAUAAUCAAGAUCCAUUACAAUGAGAGUGAAAAAGUUGCUCUCUAUCUUACUGACUAUACUGCGAACCAAGAGCUGUACAACUAUGUUGUUGACGGCGUUGAUGCCCGGGAAGGAGAUGAGUAUGGUUAUCAACCGCGAUCUCUGAAGAAUUGGCCUGGUCCUGCCGGCCGAAUGACCCUCCAAAUCACUCUUUGGGAACCACAUGCUUCCUUUGCCCGAGAACAUUUCCGUGCAGGCGAUAUUGUCCGCUUGAGAAAUGUCCACAUCAAGCGUAGUCGCAUCGAAGGCAGUCUUUUGGAAGCGAGUCUUCAUGGCGAUCGCCAGAAUCCCCAGGAAGUCAAUAUUCGUAAAUAUGAUGCGAACCAGGAUGAACGAGGGCAGGCAUUGCUACUUCGCAGAAACGAAUACUGGGCAAGUGACCCACGCAAGCGAUCAGCCAACGAGGCCAAGGAACCAUCCUCUAGUCGCAAGAGAACCAAGAAAAAUCAACAGAAGAAAGUGGAAUCGAAGCAAGCGAAGAAGGAGGAAGGCCAAGUCACGCUCUCGAUCAGUAGGAAAUAUAAGCUCAAUGAUACUGUAAAAGCAGCGCACCCUUCCAUUAAUACUUCGAGGAUCGAGGAUAUUCUGGACAGUGAUUUUCACAAUAAUGUCUCGCCUGAUAGGAUUGAAUACCGCUUUCCUUUCCAAAAUGUCUGUUAUCGAUCCACAGUCCGCGUGGUCGAUUUUUUCCCUCCCCUACUAGAGGACUUUGCCGUUCCUGACCUAUCUGAGUCUCGACGCCAAACGAGCCCAUCUAGGGAGUCAGGCCGUCCCACCGAUCCAGAUCGAUUCAUCCCAUGGGUAUGGAGAUUUUGCCUGCUGGUUGAAAAUGUACCACCUCCCCGCGGACAACCUAAAGAGCGAAUGAAGCUAUUUGUUUCUGGAGCAGAUGCCGAGUAUCUCUUGAAAAUCGAUGCUACUAAUCUACGAAAGGAUCGAAGCAGAUUGGGUCAGUUAAGGGAGAAGCUCUUCCAUGUCUGGGGUGACCUUGAAGAAAGAAAGGUGGAAGCUGCCACAAAGGGGACUACGCUCGCUCAAGAUCCGCGUCCCAUCUCUUCCGUUCCAUUUGCAUGCUGUAUCAAAGAAUAUGGUGUCAAAUGUAGCCAUGAUGGUCCAUUCCAGGCCGACAAUCUUUUGGGUUGCGCCCUUGAAACCUGCUUUGGUUGGGAGAGACGAUUCGCGAUGUUCAUGACGACUAUCCAAGCCUAG